CAAACCAAAUAUGUAAAUAGACAUUCCUUUUCGUUUUAAGCUUUAAAUACUUCGCGGCUAAAGACGCACACUUGUGAUUCCAACCCCGAUAUUGUACGAGGUUAUGUAGAGUAAUGGCAGUCGUCCCCCAAAAUUUCAAUUGAAUUGGAUUUACUGAUGGAUACUGCAGGAGUUUGUCAGAUUAAGCCGGAAUUUAUUUUGCCGGAAAAAGAACGCCAGCUGAACUUGAACCAUGUCUCCGACAAAGAUAAAGCUGCCGUCGAUCGUCCCGACGAAACAACAACUGGCCAAGCACCCGAAGAGGCUGUAGAUAGCGAAAGGACUGAGGGGGAGGACGGACAAUCACAACCGAAAAGGGCUCGGGGCAACCCAAAGAAGCUGAAAGGCCAAAACAAGAAGCGGGGACGCACUUACAACCACAAUACGAGUGAUGCUCUUUGCGACUUAUUGGUCCAUGUCCAGGAAGGGGAAGAAGUGCCUCCCUGUCCUCGCAAGGAAUGCUUUGGUAGCCACAACAUUGAAGAGUAUCUGAGGAAAAAGCCAGCAGACAUUGGUCCUGUAUGUUACAGCUUUCAAAUAUCAGGCAAGUGCUCUAGAGGUCUUGCAUGUAGAUUUGGGCAAAGUCACAUUGCGGCAGUAAGCGGACGGAAUGUCGUUGAUAAGGAAAAAUAUGAACAGUAUAUUAACAAGGGACCAUACGUUAAGAACCAAUUGGAAAAAGGUGUCCAAUGGGCUUUAAGGAAGAAAACCUACAACUUUGAUUUGGCUGAUAAGCUUAUAGAUAGUUAUAAUAGAAAAGCUGUUAAAGCAACUCCUGAUGAGAUUAAUUUGUUGGUCCAUCCCGGCAAGAAAACAUUCGGCGCCGUAACAGACGAAGAUAUUAUUUCUCUAAGGACGCAAGAAAAAAAGAAAAUCGAUUGGGCCAACAAAUUGUAUUUGGCUUCCUUAACGACCGUUGGAAAUUUGCCGUUCAGACGUAUAUGCAAAGAAUUUGGAGCGGAAAUAACUUGUGGCGAAAUGGCGAUGUGCUCAAGCUUGCUGCAGGGGAUGCCUCAAGAAUGGGCUCUAAUGAAGAGACAUCACACAGAAGACAUUUUCGGAGUGCAACUGGCAGCUAACAACCCGCACAUGCUAGUCAAAUGCGGACAAAUGUUGGAAAAGGAGUGCGACAUUGAUUUCAUCGACUUGAAUUUGGGCUGUCCCAUCGACUGGGUGUUCAAAAGAGGAGGCGGAAGCGGAUUAUUGAUACGCCCGAAAAUUCUAGAGUCGUGCGUGAGGAACUUGAGUACCAUUCUUUCGAUUCCUAUGACGGUAAAAGCGCGGACAGGCGCUUACAAGGAUGAAAACGUUACUCAUAAAUUAGCUCCGCAGUUGAAGGAAUGGGGCGCUUCAAUGAUUACAAUUCAUGGUCGAUCAAGGGAGCAGAGGUACACUAAAUCAGCCGACUGGGAGUAUAUCAGACAGGUGGCUAUCAACGCUAAUCCAGUUCCAGUAUUUGGUAGUGGCGACGUGUUGACAUAUGAUGACUACAAAAUAGCCAGAGAAACAGCCCCAGAAGUGUCAGGCGUGAUGCUGGCUCGCGGAGCCCUAAUCAAACCUUGGAUUUUCACGGAAAUUAAAGAAGCAAGAUUAUGGGAUAUUUCAAGUAAAGAACGAUUUGAUAUCGUUAAAAAGUACGUCGAUUAUGGACUAGAGCAUUGGGGCUCAGAUAGCAGGGGCGUCGAGAACACAAGGAAAUUUUUACUGGAAUGGUUGUCGUUUUUGUACCGCUACGUGCCAGUGGGGCUUCUGGAGCGACCUCCCCAAAAGAUCAAUGACAGACCGCCGUUUUAUAGAGGCAGAGAUGACUUAGAGACGUUGAUGGCCUCUCCAGCUGCUUCCGAUUGGAUUAAAUUGAGUGAAAUGUUGUUGGGGAAAGUACCCGAUGGUUUCAAAUUUAUACCAAAGCAUAAAGCAAAUUCGUACGAAUAAAAUCAGCAAAAUUU